GCCAGGAGUGUUGAUGGUCUGCUUGACGGAGCUUGACGCUACACACAGAGGGAGAUGCACAGAGGAUCCAUCCAAAGGGACCUGGACAAGCUUGGGCCUAUGUGAACCUAAUGAAGUUCAACAAGUCAAAGUGCAAGGUGCUGCACCUGGGUCGGGGCAGUCUCAGACAUGGGUACAGACUAGGAGAAUAAAUUGAGAGCAGCCCUGCAGAGAAGGACUUGGGGAUGAAAAUCUCAACAUGAGCCAGCAAUGCGCGCUUGCAGCCCAGAAAGGCAACUUAAUCCAGAGCUGCAUCAAAAGAGGAGGGGCCAGCUGGUCAAGGGAGGUGGUUGUCCCCCUCUGCUUUGCCCUUGUGAGGACUCACUUGGAGUGCUGCGUCUGGGUCUGGGGCCCCCAGUAAAGGAAGGACGUUGGUCUGUUAGAACAGGUCCAGAGGAGGGCCACAAGGAUGAUCAGAGGGCUGGAGCACCUCUACUAUGAAGAAAGGCUGAGAGGGAUGGAGCUGUUCAGGCUAAAGAAGAGAAAGCUCCAGAGUCGCCUUAUUGCAACUAUUCAGUACUUGAAGGGGGCUUAUAAAAAAGAUGGAGAGCAACUUUUUGCUCAUUCAGGUUUCUAUGGGAGACCAUGGUCUAUGGAACAGAGGAGACUGCUCUUUCGAUGGCUGGAACGCCAGGGGCUGAACUGCUACAUGUACGCACCCAAGGACGAGCUGAAGCACCGGCUGCUCUGGCGAGAGCCCUACACAGAGCAUGAGGCAGUCCGGAUGCGGUCUCUCAUAGAAGCUGCCCAAGAGCAUGGUGUGGAGUUCAUUUUCGCCAUUUCUGCUGGCCAGGACAUGGUGUUUUCAAGUGCUGGGGAUCGGCUCCUGCUGCAGCAAAAACUCAGGCAGGUGGCUUCCAUGGGGUGCCGUGCCUUUGCACUGCUCUUUGAUGACAUCGACCCCUGCAUGUGCCGAGCUGACAGAAACGUCUUCACCUCCCUGGCGGAGGCCCAAGCCUCUGUGGCCAACGAGGCAUACCAGGAGCUGGGACAGCCCUCCGUCUUCCUCUUCUGCCCCACAGAGUACUGCAGCUCACUCUGCUCUCCAAGCCCCAGCCAGUCCUGCUACCUGCUGACCCUUGGACGGGAGCUGCUCCCAGAGAUUGGGGUCAUCUGGACCGGCCCAAAGGUGGUGUCACAGGAACUCUCAGCCAUGCUGCUGGAGGAGGUGGAGGGCGUCCUGGGUCGCCGUCCCAUCAUCUGGGACAAUCUGUUUGCCAAUGACUAUGACUGCAGACGUGUCUUCUUGGGCCCCUACACGGGACGUGCCCCUGGCCUCAUGCCUCGGCUCUGUGGACUGCUCCUUAACCCGAACUGCGAGCUCCAGGCCAAUUUCAUUCCCAUCCACACGCUGGGCAGCUGGUUUCGGAGCGAGCUGGGGAGUUGUGCCCAUCCUGAUCAUGCAGGGACAGAGACUGCAGCAGCCCUGGGGGACAGCCAGGGCCCGUGGGAGGGGAGCUACAGCCCCCAGGAGGCCUUGGAGCUGGCGCUGCUUGACUGGGUGGCUGAGAUAAAGCAGCAGGCCUUGGAGACAGGAAGAAGGGCUCUGUUGCACCCCAGCACCGACUGCGAGGGAGGAGUGGGGCUGCAGCCAGGCACAGCGGGACGGCAGGAGGCCAUGCCUGGCCCCCAGACCCAUGAUGCUGCUGCUGGUGGGGCAGACCAGCGUGGCCCUGAGACCUGCAGCGUGACACCAGGGGAGGGAAGGAGGAAGGCGACCUUGGUGCCUAAGGACAGUGGGAGCAGGACCCCCGCCAGCAGUCAGCAGAGCCCCCCAGGGGAUGGGGACCAGCUCAUCUCGGGUAGCGGAGCAAGCUGCGAGCCCUCCUCUGCUCCACCCAGCACAGCAGGCAGUGCUGAGCCUGCUGGAGCCCCUGUGACUGGUGAGACCUUCUGCAGCCUGGAGACCCCAACAUGCUGCAGCAGUGGGGGUAACAGCCAGAGCCCCCUCCUUGUCACCAGCAAUGCCAGGGGAGGGGAUGGUAACCUCCCCCAGCCCCCUGGCAGUCUCGAGCCUGGGGCCAGUGGUGCUGAUGUGCCCCAGACACCCCCAGGGGCUGGGGCUGAUGCCAGCCCUGUCCCCACAGCACCACUCACCGAUGGGGCUGGCACCAGCCCUGUCCCCGUGGCACCGCUCACCGAUGGGGCUGGUGCCAGCCCUGUCCCCACAGCACCACUCACCGAUGGGGCUGGCACCAGCCCUGUCCCCACGGCACCGCUCACCGAUGGGGCUGGCACCAGCCCUGUCCCCGUGGCAUCGCUCACCGAUGGGGCUGGUGCCAGCCCUGUCCCCGUGGCACCGCUCACUGAUGCUAGCCCUGACCCCAUGGCAUUGCUCACUGAUGUGAGCAGUGCCAGCCCUGGCCCCACUGCACCACUGACCCCAGAGGAGGCCACAUCCAUCCAUGUGGCACUGCUGGCCCCAGAGGAGGCCAGGUCUGGCUGCAUGACACCGAGGUUUCUAGAGGAGGCUAGGUCCGACUCCAAUGACCCGCUGACCAUCGAAGAGAUGCGAAUGCUGGUGGAGCUCUUCUACCUGCCCUACCAUCAUGGGCCACAGGCACAGCAUCUCCUGGAGCACCUUCAGUGGCUCCGGGCCAACAGUCCCAGCGUUGGGGUCCCGGCCACAGCACCCAAUUCUUGUGAGGGCGCCUGGUGGCGUGGCCGAGCACAGUCCUUCCAGCUGCUCUGCACCCAGACGUGCCGCCUGCACAGCCGCUUCGUCUGCAGUGCAGGGCAGGCGCUGCUCUAUGACCUUCACCCCUACCUCUGGGACAUCCGCAACAUGCUGCUGGCUGCCAGUGCCUUCAUCCUCUGGUUGGACGGCCACCUCCUCUGUGACCCUGACCCCACGGGCACCUGGAGAAGCUGCUUCGGCUGGUGCCAGAGCAUCACUGCCCCACUCUUCCCCAGGGAAGAUGCUGAGCCCUGGGCACGCCGUGGGGGCCUCUUUGGAGAGCUACAGGCCCUGCUUCCCGUGGGGAACAGCUGUGACCUCUUUUAUCACCCACCUCCGCUCUUCCCGUCACGCCAGCUGUACCUCCUGCGCCCGCUGCUGCCUCAGGACAAGGGAGAGCUUUACCGAAUGUGCCGGGAGGGUCUGGACUGUGACCCCAGCGUUGCGGAGGUCCUAGUGGCCCACCCUGACCUGCUGGGUGACAGGCUGCUGGGCAGCUUCCUGCACCUGAGCCCCGAGUACACGUUCGUGCUGGAGGACGAGGGCGGCCCGUGUGGCUACGCAGCCGGAGCGCUCUGUGCUGAAGGCUUCCUGCGAGAGCGAGCCAGCAGCUGGCUGCCGGCCAUGCGGCACAAGUACCCCCGGGAGCUGGGGGUGGGCGGCCCAGCCCUGGGACAGGAUGCCCUGGAGGAAGCACUGCUCUUCUUCCACGCAGAGCCACCGGCCGUGCCCCUGCCCGUGCUGCGGCGCUUCCCCUCCCUGGUGCAGCUGGGCACGGCCCCUCGGGUGCUGGACGUGGGGGCCAGCCGCAGCCUGGCCGUCUGCCUGCUGAGUGCGCUCAGAGCCAAUGGCUCGCGGGGAGUGUUUUGCCAGGUCAGUGCCGCUGACCAGCAGCAGCUGAACUUCUACAGCAAGCUGGGUUUCGUUGCCCUGCCUGUUCCCUGGCCCAGGUCCCCUGGUGCUCGGCUCCUGGGACGCCUCCUCUGAGUGAGCACUGGGCACGGGCAUGGGGAGACAGCACCACAGGAUGGGAAUUGGCAGCGUGUCUCAAAGGAGCAGAAGCAGAGGGGCACCUCGGGCAGGGCAGGUACAUGGGAGAUGUGGCCUAGGGGUGAGCAGGGUGCACCCAGAAUGUGCACAGGGCACCAGGCUGUGGGAGUACUUGACAAGAGAGGGGCGUUUCUGCUUCCUCAGGAGAUUCGGCCAUCCAGGCCCUUCACUCCUGCUUGCUGAGCACCCUCCACCUAUGCCAGGGAACCACCAGUGUCCCUGGGCUGCCUGCAAAGCACCCAGCCUGGCAGGUGGUGCACGGGCAGUAUUUGGGGUAGUGGUCUUGGGGCAUGGCGUGUUGGCACUGUGACAGUGUCCCUGUCCUGCCGAUGGGGCUGCCCAGCUCUCUCCAUCCCCAUUGUGGCCCCAGACUGGACAGCUGGUGCCAGGGCUGGCUCUUGGCACCCAGGAACUGCUUGUUGUAUGGAUGGGGCUGGCAUGGGGCACAGCGAGGCAGCCCUAAUCUCUGCUGCCCAGGGCUGAGGGAAGUGCUGUCCUCAGUAAUAAAGCAUUUGCUGGUCUCACCAUG